CGUUCCCUCGCUGCCUCACACGAUGCCUGAGGGCGUAGGACCUGGCUAAUACCUGGACGCCUCGCUCUGCCCUGUCUGUGUGAACUCGUCUAUUCCUUGGACCAGCGUGUUCUGGCAUGUUCUGUUUCUGCCUGCAGAGUUCGCUGCUGAAGCUCCAGGCUCUGGAGGUGGAGGGGGGGCCGUCACAGGGGUCAUCCCCGGAGGACAGCCCCCCCGCCCUGGGCAGCAAAGAGCCGAGGAGCCCUGGAGGUCCAAACGAGCUUGGAGGGAAGACCCAGGCUGUGUGUCACCACGUCCCCACGGACGAGAACAGCCCUCCAGAUGUGCUGGCGGUCCUGUCCAGAGCUCCACUGUCCCCCCGUCACCAGCCCUUCGCCUCCAUCCAGCCCUGCCAGCAGCCCCUCACCCCUGACGGAGCGCUGCCGUCCAGCCCCCACCACUCACCCUACACCACCCCGAGGAGGAGCCCGGGGAGUGAGGGGGGAGGAGCCGGGUCAGAGGGAGGUGGAGGAGGUGCGCUCCUCCAGCUGCUGGCAGGAGGUGCCAGCCCUUUGCCCUCCCCCCGCUGCUCCAGCCCCAGUCUGAGGUUCAACUCCGACCCGGAUUCGGCUCCAUCACCGCCCUCCAGCCAGCAGUACAUCCUGUGUCGGGGCCGGGGGGACAGAGAUGAGGGGGCCGAGGACGAGUACCCCCCCUCGAUCCCAUUCCUGACCCGACACAUUCAGAGCCUGAAAAAGAGGGUCCGCAGGUUUGAGGAGCAGUUCGAGUUGGAGAUGAAUUACAAGCCUUCCUAUAAUGAUAAAUAUUCGAACCCUGAGAUGGUGCGGGUGAUGAAUGAACUGGCCAAAGCUCGGAAGCAACUCAAAGAGCUCCGACUCCGCCAGUCAGUGUUCGAGUCCGAGGAGCAGGAAACCACUGACGUGUGCAGGUACGGCUCCAGUCAGCAAGGUGCACCGGAUCACAAACCGCUUCUGGAGGAGACAGUGGAGUCACUGUUCAGACGGCUGAAGGAGAAGAGACAAGCUCUGGGUCUGCCUGACAACAUGAAGGAGAUGACUCAGGCUCAGAUGGUUCUGGAGAAGAUCACUCUGCAGAAAUGUCUGCUGUACUUAGAGAGUCUGCAUGGGCGACCGGGGAACAAACAGGAGAGGAACCUUGUGAAACCUCUUUAUGACCGAUACCAGAUGAUCAAACAUCUUCUUUGUGCAAGUCCCACCUUCUUCACGAUAGAGGAAGAAGAGGGCUCUGAUGAAGACUCCAUGACGGUGGGAAACGCUCCCGUCCAGCCUCCUCUCAGAGGGAUCCGCCCGGUGUCGAGCGAGUACGACAGCGACCACGACAGCGACCCGGCCUUCGUGUCCCCGAUAGACGAGGUGAAAGCAGUCCGUCAGCAGGCGGCGCUCACCACCGAGAACCUGCACGAGGCCUCCAGAGCUCAGCUGCUGGUGAGUCUGAGAGAAACCAGAGAGGAGAAAAAGAGGAGGAGGAAGACUCUGCGAGAGUACGAGGCGGAGUUCCUCCGUCAGACCGGGAGGGUCUGUCAGAAGGAAGACCGCUCCCCCAUGAAGGAGGACUAUCAGGAGUACAAGCAGCUGAAAGCCAAGCUGCGUCUCCUCGAGGUUCUGCUCAGCAAGCAGGAGGUCACCAAACCCAUGUGAAGACCUCCUGCAGACCUCCUGCAGACCUGCAGACUGCCCUUCAUCCAUCCAGUGCAGUAGAACACCUGCAUUCCAUGAGGAGUCCAGCAGAGGGCGCUUCAGUUCACAGUAACUUUCAGUGGAACCAGUGUCGCUCCAAACACUGCACCUCUUCGCCUCCUG